GGGAAAGCACAAGUGUGAAAGUAGCCCAAGUCAUCAAUAUUAAAGUCCUAGAUCCGAGAUUCAGGUUUCAAUGGUGAUACAAGGGUCCGUGUCUUGCAAUCACAUUACAGCUGCAGUCUCUCAUGGGAACUGCAUUUUGUUUAAAGGGGUUGUGUCCAGGAUUAGAAAAACAUGGCUGCUUUCUUCCAAAAACAGCACCACCCGUCCACAGGCCAAGCUGUAAUCCAAGACAACUCACGCACAGGGGUGGUGCCGUUUUAUUUAAUCCUGUACAAUCUUCUUUAAAAUAUACAGGGUCCCUGAACGUCACCGACCCCACUAAUCCAUUUCCUCCCCCCAUCACAGGGAUGACCUGCCAGGCGAAAAGCUCCUACUUGGAAAACGAGAUCAUCUGGGGUCAUCGCUUUGAGCCCUGUAUAACCCUGGAGAAAGGCGCUUUCCGGGUGGACUACAAACGCUUCCACAAAACCUUCGAGGUUCAGCUUCCCCGCUGCAGCGCAAAGGAGAUGGAGGAGAUGAGGGAGCUCGAGGGCUCGGAGUUCAGCUUCUACUGGGAAAACGGCGACUUCCUAACCGGCCGCAGGCACACAAUGACGGACAAAGGCAACGAUGAGGAGGAGGAAGAGAGGACUCAGGGGGAAAGGUGCUCAGACCGCAGCGGGAGACCCAUUGGAAACAUUGCUGAAGAGCGCAGCUUGGACUUCAAUGGCAGCGACUACAACCUGUAACAUGCCCCCGCUUUAUAUGGGAUGAAUGCAUUGCUUUUUUAAUUCUUGUUUUAUAAAGACUCAUAGAAUAGAAUUAGUGCACCGGCCCAGAUAUAAACUGAAACGCGCAGGCGGGAUCAGAAGCGCCUUAGACUAUGGAGUGCAAUGUACGCGAUACAACCAGUACCUGCUCUACUUUACUAGCACCACUGAAUCCAACACAGAAAAAUAAAGAAUAUUUCCUAUUUGUAACUGAUGCCCUAUUCAUAUCCGUAUGGCUGUCAGGCGAGGCCUACACCCGGCGUGAACGUGGAAGAGAACCAGCGUAGUUACAAACCCAUGGAUAUCGAAAUGUAACAAAUCCUACUGUUUGAAAUGUUCUCACUUUACGGGUGCGGGUCUAGUAACCCAGAAGAGCGCUUCAGUAGUCAUUCACCGUUAAAGGGGUCGUCUGAUCUCAGAAAAUGGGGGCAUAUCGCCAGAAUAUGCUCCCAAUGUCUUAUAGGAUGCAGGGCCCACAUCUAUAAUGGAGAAUGGAGCCCCGCAAAGUGGUGUCUGGAGGACUCCGGUCCGGCCUCCACCAAGCGCUCUCCCACAUAGCAGCGAAUAAGAGCGCACCGCGCAUGACCAGCCGCCGCGUCCAUUUACUUCUACGAGCCGAGCCAGCACAGAUAUUCUCGGCGGCCCCACAGAAAUGGAGUGCACUCUCCACCACCUUCAGGACUCCAUUCUCGAUAUAGGUGCAGGUCCCAGCGAUUUGCCCCCAUUUUUCUGAGAUAGGACAACCCCUUUAAAACGUGAACUGACAUGAGAAUGACGGUAUCAGGUAGGCGAUGAGCAUUUUCCCACAGACCGGCACUGCAGCUCCUGCGCCCUCUCGUAAUACAUUUACAUUGUUCUCCAGCCCCUUUAAGAACUCUAAU